GGCGGAUUGACAAAAAGAGCGUCGUUAUUUGCUUUUGCUCGCAUAGCAGUGCACCAGUGCACGCUCUCGCGAGUUCAACACAAGCCUGCAGGAGCUGUGGGCGCCUCACAAGAAUUACGUCGUGCGCAGUGCUGCCAUUUGCUGCAAACGGCAGUUCAGGUCAAAAUCUGAAUUUGAAGCGCACCGCCCGGCGACGCCCCGACGCAGCGCGCCAAACAGCGCCGCGCCGCCGCCGCGCCGCCACCGCAUCGCUCCAAAGCGUACGCUACCGCCGCAGAGCAUGGAGUCCACCCCGACCUGGGUCGGCUUUGAGCACGAGGCGGCCAAGAAGCGCUACUGGUCUCAACUGAGAGCUAGAGAACGGAGCGACCCCGGCUUCUCGAGUCACGCUACUUAUGUGAAGCACCGCCGCUUGUACGUGGACGGCGUCUGGCAGCUCUGCGAGGAUCACCGCUUGGCGGAGACGACGGCGCACCUAGCGACGCGGUACUUCGACUUCGCGCUGCAGAAGAACGAAGACGUAUUAUUCGACGAGUUUUCAUUAGAUGAAUUACGCGUCGCUUGUGUCCUGUUAGCAGCAAAGUAUGACGAGCACGAGGCGCCCCCACCUCGCGUGCUGCGGACGGCGUCCAACGAGCGCUUGGACGCCUUCCGGUUGCGGGAUGCUGAGGCGAAGGUUGCGGAGGUUCUAGGCUGGCGCUUGGGUGUGGUCACGUCGCUCGUCGCUCUUGACUUGGCUUCCGACUUGAUAGUGGCUUCACCGGACAUGGUGCGAGGCGCCCCGUUGCAGCGCUCGCCCAAGGCCUCGAAGUUCGUCGCGUCGUACGCGCGGUUCUUCUGCAACAUGGCGUUGCAAGCCAAUAGGUUCCAGACGGUGGCGCCCACUUUAUUAUGUAGCGCGGUGAUCCGGGCGACGCGCGAGUUAUUGAACGUGGCGCCGGCUUGGCCUCCUCGGUUAUCAAGGUUCACGGGCUAUGGUGAUGGGGAGUUAUCUCGUCUCGCGCGGGACUUGCUGUCUUAUUAUAGGCGCGAGUUCCCGGAGCACCACGCUUCGGUCAGGUCCUUCGCCGCGUCGCCGAAGAGCGUCUUGGACGUCGCGCGGACGGAGCUGCAGUCGCCGAUUCAGCAGUUGGACCUGGACCGGGACGCCUAGUAGUUUUCGCUUAACACAAGUUUCGUUUUA